AUGUUGUGGGAUCGCAUUGUUCUACUCCUCGCAUUCACCCAUCUCGCCGCUUCUAAACAACCCUCUGCGCCCUCCUCCGUCGAAGCACCUCUCCGCGAGCUCCCAUGGGGCAAGCUUAACUUUCUCCACACCACAGAUACCCACGGCUGGCACGCCGGCCAUCUCCGUGAACCCCAAUACUCCGCCGAUUGGGGCGACUACAUCUCCUUCGCACAGCACCUCCACGCCCGCGCCGAUGCGGAUGGCUCCGAUCUGCUCCUCAUUGAUACCGGUGAUCGAGUCGAAGGCAACGGCCUCUACGACACCAGCAAGCCGCCAGGCAAAUAUACCUUCGACAUUGUCAAGCAGCAAAAGUUCGAUGUAGUGACGGUGGGGAAUCACGAGCUGUACAUCAACACCACGAGUCUGAGGGAAUACGAUGAUGUAGUUCCGGGGCUUCAGGAUGCGUAUAUUGCGUCGAAUGUCGACGUGCGGAAUCCGAAAGAUGGGAAGCUAGUGCCCCUUGCGAAGAGGUUUCGCAAGUUCAAGACGAAGAACCAGGGAAUCCGAGUGCUGGCAUUUGGAUUCUUGUUUGACUUCAGCGGAAAUGCAGACAACACUUUUGUUCAGCGGGUUGAAGAUACCGUCAAGGAAGCCUGGUUCCAGGAUGCGAUCCGCGAGAUGGGGGUGGAUCUCUUUCUUGUUGCUGGACACGUGCCAGUGCGAAACACCCAGGAGUUCGACGCCGUAUACAAGGCCAUCCGCGAUGUCAAAUGGGACACUCCAAUCGUGUUCUUCGGAGGACACACGCACAUCCGCGAUUACCGGAGAUGGGAAGACAGCGCCUAUGGCAUCGAGAGCGGACGCUACAUGGAGACGAUCGGCUUCCUGUCAAUCUCGGGCCUCAGCUCGAGCGGGAAGGAUGUUGCGGUCAGCACACGCAAGAAUCCAACGUAUAAGCGGAUGUACAUCGACAACAACCUCUACUCUCUGCACCACCACUCCGCCACCAACAAAUCCACCUUCGACACCGAGCUCGGCCGCAACGUCUCGAAACAAAUCAAAGAUGCCCGCAGCGAACUGAAACUCGAUCAAACGUUCGGCUGUGCACCGCACGAUCUCUGGCUCAACCGCGCCCCUUACCCUUCCAAUGACAGCCUCCUCACCUGGCUUGCAGACGAAGUACUCCCCGACACCUUUGGCGAUUCCAACUCCUCUUCCAACCCGGCCAUUGUCAUCACCAAUUCCGGCGCUCUACGCUUCGAUAUCUUCCGCGGGCCCUUCACCACGGACGCCACUUACCUCCUCUGUCCGUUCAAGAGCGGCUUCCGAAAACUUCAAAAUGUUCCUUACGGAGCUGCGAGCAAGGUGCUCAAAACGUUGAAUAACGAAGGACCAAUUCCAUUGAAGGAUCUGCUGAGUUUCGUCAGCGACCAGCCAGGUUGUGGCAAGCAUCGAAUUGACGAUCUGGUCCCGCAUUUGCCGCAAGUCGCGCAGAGCGGCGUACCAACGACACAGACCUUCCCAUCCGUGAAAAGCGACGAACAAAUCCCUUUCCUCAACGCCAACAAAGACAAAGACAAAGACGAGCCACAAGUUCCCGGCUACACGACCCGCGACGACGCAGGCGACGGCGGCGACGACACAAUCCACCAGCCCAUUAAAUUCUACGCCGUGCCCAAUUGCGUCGGCUCGGAGAUUGGGUUCUCUUCUUCUGCCGACAGCACGCCGGAGAGCGUCGAUCUCAUUUACAACGAAUUCGUGCAGGGCUGGGUCCUGCUGGCUUUGCAGUAUUUGGGCGUUAGCUAUGGGGUGGAGAAUACGCGGUCGGCGCUCGAGGGGAAGAGUAUGACGGAUGUGAUUAAGGAUUGGGUCGGGGAGAAUUGGCAAUGUGAGGAGUAG